GCCCCGCCGCCUUUGUGCCCGCCGCGCCCGGGCACCCGGGGGGGGCCGGGCCCGACGCCCCUCCGGGGGCGCCUCCCCCCGCGGGGCCGCCGCCCCUUGCCCCGCUCCUCCUCCUUCUUCUCCUCCUCCUCCUCCUCCUCCUCCUCCUCCGCGGGGGGCCGACCGGCGCUCCCAGCCCGGCUGCGGCGGAGGUGAUCCAUGCUGAAGAGGCUCCAUUCAUACAGAUGAGCCAAGGGUUGAGGCAGCACUUUAAACCCAGAUAGUCGGUCGGCUAACUGCCCAGCAGGAUGCCAUCAACCAGCCGAGCGGGCAGCCUGAAGGACCCCGAAAUUGCAGAGCUCUUCUUCAAAGAAGAUCCAGAAAAGCUCUUCACAGAUCUCCGAGAGAUUGGCCAUGGAAGCUUCGGAGCAGUUUAUUUUGCACGUGAUGUGCGCACCAAUGAAGUGGUGGCCAUCAAGAAAAUGUCCUAUAGCGGGAAGCAGUCCAAUGAGAAAUGGCAGGAUAUUAUUAAGGAAGUCAAGUUCCUCCAAAGAAUAAAACACCCCAACAGUAUAGAAUACAAAGGCUGCUAUUUGCGGGAACAUACAGCAUGGCUUGUUAUGGAAUAUUGUUUAGGAUCAGCAUCAGACUUACUAGAAGUUCAUAAAAAGCCAUUGCAAGAAGUGGAAAUAGCAGCAAUUACCCAUGGUGCUCUCCAGGGAUUAGCAUACUUGCAUUCUCACAAUAUGAUCCAUAGAGAUAUCAAGGCAGGAAACAUCCUGCUGACAGAGCCAGGACAGGUGAAACUUGCUGACUUUGGAUCUGCUUCCAUAGCAUCUCCUGCCAACUCAUUUGUGGGGACGCCAUAUUGGAUGGCCCCAGAAGUGAUUUUAGCCAUGGAUGAAGGGCAGUAUGAUGGCAAAGUAGAUGUGUGGUCUCUUGGAAUUACCUGUAUUGAGUUAGCGGAAAGGAAGCCUCCUUUGUUUAAUAUGAACGCAAUGAGUGCCUUAUAUCACAUAGCGCAGAAUGAAUCCCCUACACUACAGUCUAAUGAAUGGUCUGAUUAUUUUCGAAACUUCGUAGAUUCUUGCCUCCAGAAGAUUCCUCAAGACAGGCCCACAUCAGAGGAGCUUCUGAAGCACAUGUUUGUUCUUCGGGAGCGGCCUGAAACAGUGUUAAUAGACUUGAUUCAGAGAACAAAGGAUGCAGUGAGAGAACUGGACAACCUGCAGUAUCGUAAAAUGAAGAAGCUCCUCUUCCAGGAGGCACACAAUGGCCCUGCAGUUGAAACACAGGAGGAGGAGGAGGAACAAGAUCAUGGUGUCGGCAGGACAGGAACAGUGAAUAGUGUCGGAAGUAACCAGUCCAUUCCUAGUAUGUCUAUCAGUGCCAGUAGCCAAAGCAGUAGUGUUAACAGUCUUCCAGAUGCCUCAGAUGAUAAGAGCGAGCUGGAUAUGAUGGAAGGGGACCACACGGUGAUGUCAAAUAGCUCUGUCAUUCAUUUAAAGCCGGAGGAAGAAAACUACAGAGAGGAAUCAGAUCCUCGAACAAGGGCAUCAGAACCCCAGUCUCCUCCCCAAGUAUCUCGCCACAAGUCUCAUUAUCGCAAUCGAGAGCACUUUGCUACUAUACGCACAGCAUCGCUGGUGACAAGGCAAAUGCAGGAACAUGAACAAGACUCUGAACUCCGAGAGCAGAUGUCUGGCUAUAAACGUAUGAGACGGCAACACCAGAAACAACUGAUGGCAUUAGAGAAUAAACUGAAGGCAGAGAUGGACGAGCAUCGCCUCAGGUUGGACAAAGAUCUUGAAACACAGCGUAACAAUUUUGCUGCAGAAAUGGAAAAGCUAAUUAAAAAGCACCAAGCAGCCAUGGAGAAGGAGGCUAAAGUGAUGGCCAACGAAGAAAAAAAGUUUCAACAGCACAUUCAGGCCCAACAGAAAAAAGAAUUGAACAGUUUCCUGGAGUCCCAGAAGAGAGAAUACAAACUCCGUAAGGAGCAGCUGAAAGAGGAGCUGAAUGAAAACCAGAGCACUCCAAAGAAGGAGAAGCAGGAGUGGCUCUCCAAGCAGAAGGAAAACAUCCAGCAUUUCCAGGCAGAGGAAGAAGCCAACUUACUGAGGCGUCAGAGACAGUACUUGGAGCUGGAGUGUCGCCGUUUUAAGAGACGGAUGCUCCUCGGCCGCCAUAAUCUGGAGCAGGACCUGGUUCGGGAGGAGUUAAACAAAAGGCAGACCCAGAAGGACCUGGAGCACGCCAUGCUGCUGCGUCAGCACGAGUCCAUGCAGGAGCUGGAGUUCCGCCAUCUCAGCACCAUCCAGAAGAUGCGCUGUGAGCUGAUCCGACUCCAGCACCAGACCGAGCUCACCAACCAGCUGGAGUACAACAAGCGCCGGGAGCGGGAGCUGAGGCGUAAGCACGUCAUGGAGGUCCGGCAGCAGCCCAAGAGCCUGAAGUCAAAAGAACUACAGAUAAAGAAGCAGUUUCAGGAUACAUGCAAGAUCCAAACCAGACAGUACAAAGCACUGAGAAACCAUCUGCUGGAGACCACGCCAAAGAGUGAACAUAAAGCUGUCCUCAAACGGCUCAAGGAGGAGCAGACCCGGAAGCUGGCUAUCCUGGCUGAGCAGUAUGAUCACAGCAUUAAUGAAAUGCUCUCUACACAAGCUCUGCGUUUGGAUGAAGCACAGGAAGCAGAGUGCCAGGUUUUGAAGAUGCAGCUGCAGCAAGAAUUGGAGCUGCUGAAUGCAUAUCAGAGUAAAAUCAAGAUGCAGGCAGAAGCCCAGCAUGAUCGGGAGCUGCGUGAUCUUGAGCAGAGGGUAUCCCUCCGUCGGGCCCUCCUUGAGCAGAAGAUUGAGGAGGAGAUGCUGGCAUUACAGAAUGAGCGUACCGAACGGAUACGAAGCCUGCUGGAGCGUCAAGCUCGCGAGAUCGAAGCCUUUGACUCAGAAAGCAUGAGGCUAGGUUUUAGUAAUAUGGUUCUUUCUAAUCUCUCCCCCGAGGCGUUCAGCCACAGCUACCCGGGAGCUUCUGGCUGGUCCCACAAUCCUACUGGGGGUGCAGGACCUCACUGGGGUCAUCCCAUGGGUGGCCCACCACAAGCUUGGGGCCAUCCAAUGCAAGGUGGACCCCAGCCAUGGGGUCACCCCUCGGGGCCCAUGCAAGGGGUACCUCGAGGUAGUGCUAUAGGGGUCCGCAACAGCCCCCAGGCUCUGAGGCGGACAGCUUCUGGGGGACGGACGGAACAGGGCAUGAGCAGGAGCACAAGUGUUACUUCACAAAUAUCCAAUGGUUCACACAUGUCUUAUACAUAACUUAAACAAUAACUGAGGGUGGCAAUUCCACUGGAGCUGUCUGCCAACAGAAACUGCCUACAGACACCAGCCCAGCAGCCUCCUCAGUGCGGUGCUGACGUGUGGAAGCUGGGUGCACAUGGAAUAUUGUAUUCAUUUUGUAAAGCAUUACGUUUUGUGUUUACUAACUGGGAUGUCAUAGUAUUUGGCUGCAGGGUUUGGGGGGUGGUUUUUUGUUGUUUUUGUUUUUUUUUUAUUAUUAUUAUUAUUUUUUUUUUUUUACUUUUUGGAGGGGUCUUGGGAGGGCGUCUGAGAAAUAUAUGCAAUUAGUCAGAAGAGUUGGCUGGUGGUCAUCACACUGACAGGACAGAAGGUCCUCAGACUGCCCUCGUCACACCAUCUGUAGUAAGUCUGAGGGAGAAUGGAGACCUCCUCCCAUGUCCAUAAAUUUCGAACUGCCACCCUGCAAAAACCAGGCAAGCUGCCUUUUAAACCAACAUCCAGGGGAGGAACAGCUGGAUCUUCUGUUCCGUUUUUAUUUGUCAUUAAAGUGGAAACAUUUCUAGGGUAUUGCCUCUUCUAGGCAUUUUCAAAGACUUGUAGGUGAGGAAGAAGGGUCAGAAGAGAGGCCAGGAGACACCAGGGCUCAGCAGGGCCCUUCUACCCAAGUGCCCGCUCCGUGUUCUGUAAGAAGUGAAGUUCUCUCAGAUGGCACUGGUCAGCUUCCCGAGAACUCUGUAGGUAAACCUGUUUUUGAGGGAACAGGCUAGAAAUGUUAAAAAUAAAAUUUAAAAAAAUUGUAUUCCUGCUUUAGCACUCCCUGACUGUGCUGCUGGUAGCUCAGACGAGGUUGGGCGGAGGAGCGUAAGUAAUGCACUUGUACAGCUAAUACUGUGACAUCUCAUCUUAGCUAAGCAUCAGAAUAAUUCUUGGAGCCCAGCGUAGUCCUUUUUGCUCCGUUCAGAAAUGUUAGAUUUUCAGCCAAUCAGUCUCAAAUGCCAGAGGUAUUUUGAAGGAUGCCAUAGUCACAAAAUGCCAUUGAUCGGGUUUUUCAUUAUUACACUACAUCCACCAAUUUAUUACCUUUUUGGCUUGUUGCAAUUUCCUGUUUACAUGUAGAGUGUAGCCAACUGUUUAAAUGUUUAGUUGCCACAGUGUACCAGGAGGAGCUGAGCCAAUGACUCUUCCCAGUUGAUGACUAACCCACAUCACCACCGUAGAUCUUGCUGCAUGUGAGGCUCCUUUUUAUUAUUUUUGUUGCUGCAAUACUUUACAACCUUCACAGUCCCUUGAGAUGCUGUGAUUGUUUGGCAGCAUAUCACACCACGCAAGAAGGCACUACUUCCAGAGGCUCCUCGGAGCUGCUGUACUACUGAAAGGAAGCAAAGGAGGUCGUGAAAUCAAUACCGUGAUAAAAGGGCAGGGAGUCGAAUUAACCGAGGGACUUUGUGGCAUAGUGUCAUCCCUUAGUGCUGGGAACUGGAGAUGCCGCCAUGCUCUUGUGUCAGUGCCCGAGCGGGCUGGGUCAGCCAGUGCUGUGGGGUUAGGAGAGGUGCAGGUAGAUGGAGUUUGGCUUGAGGCAAAGAUUUCUGUCUUGGGGACUGACCAGCCAGGGUUCUUUGUAAAUGUUUUUUCCUUGCACACUAAUCAUCUUGAAGAAAACACUAGCUGCUAACUCUAGGAUUUGCCUUUAAUAUGUUUAUAGGGCUCAAAAGCAAGGUUUUCCGAAUGUGUUUGUCCACGUGACAUAUUUAUAGUGUGAAUACUCUAGUGUCUCGCUGCUGUUUGGAACUCUCAACAGGGCGACGUUCUUUCGUUAGCUAAAUUAACAUCCACUCCCAAUCCUUAACACUCUGCCAGUGUCCAGUGAAUCCAGCUGGGAAUUUUAGCAUCUUGACGUAGCAUAUCACUCUAAGGAAAUACGGAAACUACCAAAACAUGUUUGAGCAGCCCCUUAGUGAAGAGCUUUGUAGUGCUAACAGGUCACGGAAGCUUGGGACGAGGCAGUGGUCCCAAGGAAGUGACUGGUUGCCCCCUGCGGACAGUGGUGACUAUGAAUUGUCCUGUCCCUUCCUCUGCUUUGUUUUUACGUGGAUGUUUUGGGGUCACUCCUUUGCAUCGCAAUAUUGUUAAAAUGCAGUGAAACCGAUUUAGGAAAGGUACCUGUAUUUUCCUGGGUUUAGAAAAGGAAGACAAAAGAAACGAAGUGAAAGGCCAAAACCCCCCAAACUGUAUUGGCAUUUCCCAUGUGAGUGUGGAGUGUGCGUCCAGAGCAUGGUGCUAACACGAGGUUUGGAAGUUCAGCUCCUCUAUCGCGAGCAGCAGCAGCGACAGUGGGGACAGGCUGUACCCGCGAGUUCAGCGGGUUCAUUCUUUUGCUUCUGUUAUGGUUUGAAUUUGGUCAAAGUCUCUGGCUUAAAUUGAGCUAUUUCAACAGGAUUCUCUCAACCCAUCUCUUUGUGUAAUGUCAAGCAUGACUGAAUGCUGAAUCCAAAUGAUGGCUAUCCCAUAUUGGCUUUUUUUGUAUUCAAAAAGAAUUGUGUAGUAACCAUUUUUACAUGUAUAUCAUGUGCAGACCUGGACUAUUCCAACAAGUUAAUAUUUUAAUUAAAAUAGUUUGCAAAAACUGAUUCAGAUCAACUGGUCUAAAUGUGUGUGUCCCUGUGUGUGCCUGGGGGAAGGAGAGCUGUCCUAAACAAGCCUGGUCUCGAGAGGAAGCACCCCGCUACGCAGGUGUAGCCCGAGGGACGCAGUCAGGUUGUGCGUUGGAGGUGUAUGAGGAGGUCGUUGGUGUUGAGAAUUUGAUUGCAUCUCGGAUGUAUUUCUGAGAUACUCGAACAACUCUAAAUGACGCUAGAGCGACGCAAACGCUUUCUGAAUCAGUUUGCAAACUCUGUUUUUAAAAGCAAGACCAAUUGCUCCCUAUUGUGCUUGUUGCAGUCAUGCCCUAGCCUUGGCUUUUAAAAUACUGUAAUCUCUAAAUUGUAGAAACUGCUCCAGUACCUCAGCAAAGAUGUUUUUACAUCUUUUAUGCUCGUAUUUAACACUGGGGAAACUCUGCUGUGUGGACUACUUUGCAAAUUUUAUUGCAGUAUUCUCCAAUCACCAGCUUGACACCUAAAAUCUGUUUUUCUGUGGUUAUUUUCUGUUCCCCUUUGCAAAGACCUGAAGUUCUGAUGUAGUUUAGCUCAGAGAUGGAAAAACAGUGGAGCCAGCAUUUUCACCUCCUUAUCCGAUUUCAAUUUCUUUUGAUUUCAUUUAAGUAAAAUCAGCGAAAGGGACCACCUUUUUCUUGUUCUCCAUGGUCGCAGGGAGUCAGCAGCCGCCUCUCCCAUCCGUGCUGAGCGUGUUCGUGCUUUCUUCCUGGGAUGCAGCGCUGAAAUGGAGGCCGGCUCUAUUUCACCUGCAUUCGGUCCGAGCCUGUGAGCUUCAAAGGGGUUGAAGAAAUCAAUGUGGUACGAUACCAAGCUUCCCACAGAAAAUUCCCUGCAGCUGUUCCUCGCCUGGCUUGGGGACAGGCUGGCAUUGCUCUGCAUCCCGUUGGGCCCUCACGCUUCGGAAGAAACGCGCGCUGCACGUGAGCUGUAACCCGCACAGAGUGCCCCGUGGUAGAUCCUGGAGUAAUGCCGUUUAUUAACCCCCCCCCCCAGGGAAAAAGGGCCCGUUGCACUUCCAGCUGCCCUGCCCCGCUCACCCUGUCCAUGUGCCAUUUCCUGAGAGGCAAUAAAUCGUAUUGUACCACUGUCUACCAUUACUCUGUUGAAUACGCACAUCUCUCUGGAUAUAGAUCUGGUCUCUCGUCUGUACAUAUUUAUAUACUCUGUGGACGUGUGUGUGGGUAUGCGUGCACACGCGAGUCAUGCUGUGCAUUUCUGUCAGGGCACUUCAGUUCCGCUGUUCUUUAGCGCUCCCUCCCUUCGUGAGCUAGCUCAGCCCGUGCAGCGGGGCUCUCUUAGGACAAACGGUGCCGGGGCUGAACGCCGUCAACAGCCCUUGCUUAAACGCUGCCCUGUUAAUUGUAGCUUUCUUUUUCCGGGGAGCAGGAGGGCAGGGUAGCUGCUGGUGGUGUGCUAUAAAGCAGAGACGAGAGCUCCCAGAGGGUAACCAGGAAGUCAGAAGACUGCAGAGAAGAAAACAAGAUGGCAUAGCGAUAGGAAAGCGGUUCAGGCCAUGCGCCGAGCUGCCGGAGGGGCGCUGAGUGGGCAGGAGAAGCGCUCAGCAGGCUGAGCUCAGAGUCCCCAGCUGUGCCUCGCCACGGAAGGUCGCGAGCCCGGCGUGGUCCUGGCACGCGGCGCAGGCACCGACUUUUGGCAUUCCCCAGUUUAGGCUGCCCCUGACUCCGAACGCGAUGUCUGCCUUUGUUCGUGGCUAAUAGCUAGGGCAGGUCAUGUGGAGGAUCGAAAGAGAAGUGGGAAGAUUUAAGGUGUGCGUGUAUACACUUGCGUAUACACAGACACUUCUGGUGCGUUCUUUAUUCCGCUAGGCACGUGUGCUUUGUUACUCAAGUCCCGUGAGCAGAGGAGAGCCUUGUUCUUCCCCUGGGUGCCUGCUGUGGCUUUCUGGUGAAUCUGGCUGUGGUCUUGUCUUGUAGCAGAGCGGCGAGAGCCAUGCUGGCCAAGUGGCUGCCCCCAAACACGAGCUCCUCAAGCUGUGAAGACCCUUUCUUCUAACCUCCUCCUUUGUCCUCUAAAGACCCCGACAUUUUAGUGAGACAUUUGGCAUGCUGGGGGAUCAAAAUGGUUCUUUUGUGCGUCAGGUCGUUCGUCCAGCCGCAAUCUUUACCCCGUGGGGCAGAGCAGCCCCGAAGCCCAGCCAGCUCAGCAGCACGCCAAACACGGGCUCUCUUCUUCGUGCUACCAGAGAAUUCGGAGUCGAUUUUCUUUCUCCCCCUUUUCAUAGGUCUCCUGCAAGCUUUUUAGGAGAGGCUUGGGUUUGGUUGUGGCAUCCAGGAGCUGAGCUCCUUCUCCUGGGACUGUCCCGUGCCGGGGGCGAGGAGCGUUGGGUGCCCGGGCAGGGACGCUGCUCCGCGUCCCUCUGCUGUGGUUGUUUCAGUUUGCACUUUUAAGAGUCGAUUGAGCCGGAGUCUGUGGAGAAAUGUAAGUGUGAGGCACUUCAGAGGGCUGUGGGUAGCUGUUUAUAGCCAAAAGAAGAAGAAAAAAAAAAAGCUGAUGGAUCUGGUGGUUGUAGUAAACAUCACCCCACCGGGGAGAGGUGGCAGCAGAUCACCCCGAUUCCUGUCGUGCAGCGCAGCUCAGCCAGCUGCGCCUGUGCCGUCGCCUCGCGCAUCCCUCCCCUGCCCGGCCCCGCUCUGCUGGGGAAGGAAAGGCCUUUGUCAGCUAGAGAGGGACUUAGUGAACGAGAUCCGCCGGCAAACAAGCACCUUAACCACUGAGCUGCGGGUCUCUGAAUACUUGCACUUCACCCGCAGGCUCCUCGGGGCACGGGGGGGGGUGGAGGAAGGCACUUUGGCACAGGACCGUUUGCUUUGCACCUACCCGGUGGCCUCGAAACAUCCCGAAGCCAUGUCCUAGAGCGACCCGGCGCCGGUUCCCUCUCUGCUUGCUUUCUCCGAGUGCACACACCGAGUCCGGACACCCGGGGUAACCCGGCCAGGAGCGGCGGGCGCUGCCACCGCUGACGUGAACGAAGCCGGGGUGCCCGCCACCCCGCCUCACCCCUCUGCUCCCCUGCUCCCCACCCCUGAGUACGGGUACCUCAGAACAUGCACAGUUUGAAUUUUUCACUGACAAUUAGUUUAAUUAUUGUGAGUGAAAACAGUUGUAAUUAUCUGUAAAUAUGUAGUUAACAAAUUGACCUAGUUUCUGUAUUUUUUAAGUUUUUGUACUAAAAUUUAUAGAUACAGUAUGUGCCAGCUAGCAGAAAGCUACUGUAAUUGCCAGUCGUAGUUCAGCAUGCGUCUAAUCCCUGAGACUUGUCGAAGUGACACUGUAAGGAUUUGUGCUUAAAUAUUGCGAGCAGGGGAGGCGGGAGCUGCGGCCGCAGCCGCCGAGCGGGCCGAAGGACUUCCUCCGAAGCUCGGCCGUGCCUGGCAGCUUCACGAGGUCAGCGGGGUUCCCUGCUCUGACUGCUCGUCUCCUCCUUCCCCUCCGUGUUCUGUGCAGGUGCUGUAAUGUAGGCAGUCCGAGGGACGGCAGCGGUGGCUUGGAGCUUUUUCUGGGGCUGAACUCCAUGGGAACCGAGUUCAGUUUCUUUGCUGCGGUUUUAAUAUCGUCUUCUAACUCUAUUUUUCAGCCUCUGUAGAAAUGAUACGUUUUCCCCCCCACCACCACCUUCUAAACGCUUUUGUCUUAAGCCCGAGCUCAUCUAAACUGGAGAGAAACAAAAAACAAAAAAACAGAAAAAAAAACAAACAAAAAAAGAAUUUUGCUUAAGAUCACUGCCUGCUUUUAGCGCCGGGAUCACGCAUUUCUAUGGCAACUCCGAGCUCGGCACAGCUCAGGCACCAGCGCAGUUGUUGCCGAGGAGCCGAAGGACGCGGCUGCUGCUUCUGCACGGCUCAGCCGCAGCCGCCAUGGGCGAGACACGGGUGCCCGCGUGGGGCUCGUGGCCGCCGGCGUCCCUCGGCACUGCACGCGGUCGUCGAGCCCCGGUCGUCCCCAAAGACCUGUCGCCGAGCGAGGGGUGGGUUCCCCCCCCCCGCCACGCUGCCUCGGGGUGCCGCCGCCGCCCGUCCCGCCUCCGCUCCUCGCCUCGCGGCCGAGGCAAGUCUGCGAGUGGAGGCUGGCUUUGCCGCGUGUCCUGGGAAGCUGCGAGCAGAGGAGGUUGGAGCGCGGGCGAGGCCGUGCUCCCCGGGGCUGGUUUUCCAGUCGCCCCCAUCGGUCCUCGGGGACGGGAGCUUUUUAAGGACUCAAGCGGCAUCAGAGGAGGAGAGGCGUCCUCGCGCGUACGGGUUUGGCUUCUGGCAAGCAAACCACCUGCUUCCUUUCUCCAGCUUUCCUUUCCUCCUAACCCCUCGCAGCUCUUCCCCUCGCUUGCUCGGAACAGGAACAUUUUCCCCUGCCUAGGAACAGCUAACCGUGGGGGGGCAGACCCGAUGUAAAUACUUAACCGUUACAAAGUGAAGUGUGUAUAACAUAAAAGGCUACAGCCGUGUUUGGUGACUUGUGAGUGCUUGAGAAGGUCGUGUUAACGCGUGGGUUGCUCAGUCCCGCUUGCGGUGCCGCAGACACCACUGACCCAUGGACACCGCGAGGCGAACAGCUCGGGCGAGGAUGGACUACCUUGCGUCAGUUAGCCGUGAGACCCCCUUGGUUUAGUGUACGAGAGGGUAGCGUAACGUGUGUAAUAAGGGUAGGAGAAGCUGUGUGAGGUGUGUAUAGUGUACAUUU